AUGGAUAUGAUCAAAACAAUCUGUUGCUGUGGUGGUGAGGACAAUGACGGUUUGCCGUACGAGCGCUUCUAUGACGACUCCAGUGUGACUCCAGUCAGACGAGACGACGGGCGACUCAAUGGUCGCGGUGUCGAUGAGGUGGACAGUGUUGGCUGGGAUGCUUCACGUAAGGCUGUAAAAAGCAAAGAGGAACAGGAAGAAGAAGCUUUGAAUCGAAUCCUUGAAAACACUCAGCACAAUAUAAUCGACGUCUCACAUCUUGAUGGCAUGACAUUGAACACAGCUGAAUACUUGGCGCGCGCUCAGUUUUACGAAGAAGCCAUUCGUACGCAUGAUCAAAACAAUAUAAUCGACGUCUCACAUCUUGAUGGCAUGACAUUGAACACAGCUGAAUACUUGGCGCGCGCUCAGUUUUACGAAGAAGCCAUUCGUACGCAUGAUCAAAACGUGAGCCGAGGUGCUAACUCAUCAACUAGUCCAAGUCGUCCCGUAAAACGUCUUCUGGAGGAUUGUGGGAAUAGAGCUGUUGACUGGCUUACGAGACCUGCACCUUCACAUGAGUCCUUAGAGGAGAUACGGCGCUGGACGGCAGAGAUGAAUGAGGCUGUGACCAAAGGAAUACAAGUGCAACAUAAAACAGAUAUCGUGGUAUAUAUGGACCUUUAA